GGCCGAUGUAAUCGGGAAAAGCCGCCAUGCAAAUAUUUCCAUCCACCACAACACCUGAAGGACCAGCUUUUAAUAAACGGGCGUAAUCACUUAGCCCUGAAGAAUGCGCUGAUGCAGCAGAUGGGUCUUAGCCCGGCCCAGCCACUAGUGCCUGGCCAGGUACCAACAGUGGAGGCACCGGCACCUCCGGCACCACACCAUCACCUUCAACAGCAAAUCCAGCAGCAACUUCUCGCUACCCACGCCUUUAUGGUAACUCCCGGUUUUGGUUGGCUUCCACUAAUUUUUUAGUUAAUUAAAAUACCACACGGCAGCAGCGAUA